AGUCUGAAACUGUCUAAAGUCGAGAUUUGUUUGUAACAAAUAAAAAUGAAAUACUUGUGUUUAACUACAAUUUUUGUGUUAUUGUUAAUCGGUUUAGCAGAAAUCAAUGCAUAUGUGGAUGAAUCUCCAACCUUCACAGGAGUUUGUGAGCUACAGGGUGACUGGUGCAGUACCAGGUGUCAAUUAGCAGGUGGACGUGAUGGCAUAUGCAACAAAAUGAGACUCUGCAUCUGCAGACCUCUCUAGGGUUUAAGUACUAUAUGUUAACUACUUGUAAAUAAAGAAAGAACUUUGAUAUAUA